CCUUAGCGUUUACAUAACGCGGAUCCUUCUCGUCCACAUAUCAAAAGCACCCAGCCUGUUCUGUCCUCGUCCACUCUCCACAGCUUCUCUAUCUCCCUGCGCCUCCUGCUAAGUUCUGCGUGGCAGCGUAGGGAUUGAUCCUUGCCUACCCACCAGAGAUAAUCUCGGAUCUCGGCAGCAGGACAUCGGGUUCCGGUGGCAAGGAGCUUGAUCUUGGGCUUGGCGGUCGAUCAUAGAUAAAGGCUGUGAGGAGAUCCAUCCCCAUGGAGAGAAGCAUCAUUUGCUUCUGAGGAGCUCGAUUUGGUCAGCAGUGUGUUAGUGGACAUGUCAAGCCUCGCUUCCAUGUCUGCACGUCUACUACUUUAAUAAGGAUCGCCUCCGCUGCAGCUGGGUUUCAGACUUUCAGUUCGUCGGUCGUGCCACUGCAGGGCUGCCCCUAGUCAAGGAUAUUACAUUACAGGACAGUUACAUAUGGAAUUAGAGGAUAUAUCAUUUCAAUUCUUACGAGAAAUUACAGAUGGUUUCUCUGAGGAGCGGAUACUUGGUGAAGGAGCAUUUGGAGUUGUUUACAAGGGAGUAACUAAAAAUGGUGAUGAUGUUGCUGUGAAAAUAUUUAAGCUUCCUAACAUCAACGUCAACCAUGACUUGAAGCAGUUCCAAAAUGAGUUCUAUAACCUCACAAAACUUAAACAUGAAAACAUUGUACAGAUUCUUGGCUAUUGUUAUGAAAUAGAGAAAAAACCUUUUAUCAUGGAUGGAAGUAAGCUGUUUGUUGAUGAAACACAUAUAGCUCUCUGCUUCGAGUAUUUGCACAAUGGGAGCCUCCAAAAGCAUCUUUCUGAUGGUUUUUAUGAACUUGACUGGCACACACGGUUCAAAAUAAUUAAGGGAAUUUGUGUGGGUCUAAAGUAUAUUCAUGAUGAGUUGCAAGAACCUAUCUACCACUUGGACCUAAAACCUGACAACAUAUUGUUAGAUAAGGAAAUGGUUCCAAAGAUUGCAGAUUUUGGUUUGUCCAGAAUAUUUAGUAAUGAACUAGCACGGAUCACACAAAAUCCUUAUGGGACACGUGGGUACCAGCCACCAGAAUACAUCGACAAAGGUGAAAUCUCAGGAAAGUUUGAUAUAUUCAGUUUGGGUGUGGUGAUUAUAAAGAUAGUGUCAGGACCCGAGGGCUACCCCAAAUGUCUAGACAUAUCUACGGAUGAGUUUAUUGAUCAAAUCCAAAGAGACUGGAGGAGUAGGUUAGAAGCAACAUGUACUGGUGAUUUGCUUGAAGCAUAUUGCCACCAAGUAGAAACAUGCACUCAGAUAGCAUUGAAAUGUGUGGUGACAGAUAGCCAGAAAAGGCCUGAUAUCGUGAAGAUCAACGAGAAGCUGAAUGAGCUUGAAAUUGACAUUGACAAGGUUCACAAGAAAGGAUGUCUCAGACAUGUUUCCAAAAUGACAAUGCAUAAUAGCAAGAUAGAGAUGAGAACGGAAUCAAAGGAUAUCAUUGAUCCACACCAGAAUAUUAUUUUGUGGUCACACCCUAGUUGCAAUGAGCUGGAACUACACGAUGCAUUGGAAACACCAUCACAUGUUAUAGAAGAACACAUUGUAGGGAGAACAGAAGAAAAAGAGAAAGUAAUGGCUUCUUUGCAUGAGGUCAUAUCAGAAAGGAUCGUCAUUCUUCCUAUACAUGGUAUUGGAGGCAUUGGCAAGACAACUUUUGCAAGAUUAAUUUACAAUGAGCCAAAGUUCAGAUGUUAUUCCCAGGUAUGGAUCGAUGUGUCCCAGGAGUUUGGCUUGACUACAAUUCGUGAAUCUAUGAUUUUGCAGCUAUCUAGCAAAGAGAGUCUAGCAAAUGAUCGACCGAUGAUACAUUAUGGCCUCACCGAGCUAAUUUCUCAUAAGAAAAUUAUGAUUGUUUUAGAUGACGUAUGGGAGGACAAUCAGUUCCAGCUACAAGAAUUGAAGGAUAUGCUAUAUCAUGAUGACAGUAACAUAAUUGUUUUAGUAACAACACGCAGUGAAGUUGUUGCGGAGAGAAUCUGUACUAACCUUCAACCACACAAGAUACUAGCCUUGACAAAUGACAUGUGCUGGGAUAUAAUAAAGCAAAGAAGUGAUUUUAAUGAUAGAAAUGACAAAGAACAACUUAUGGGUAUAGGACUGGAGAUUGCUCGGAAGUGUUCUGGUGUGGCUUUAGCAGCUCUAUCUCUUGGGUUCACUUUACGGUCCAUGAAUUUUGAAGAAUGGAUGAAAGUGAAAGACAGUGAUAUCUGGAAUGAACCAGUUUCAAAAGAUUUCUCUUUGUCAAAUCACGUUCUUGCAUCCUUGAUGUUGAGUUAUAGAUAUAUGUCUCCAUGCUUGAAGCUAUGCUUUACCUACUGUGCAACCUUUCCAAAAGAUCACAAGAUAGUUAAAGAUGAUCUUAUUUACCAAUGGAUUGGUUUGGAUUUCAUCAAGCCAACAAAACUACUCUCUCAUAUGCAGCUUUGUGAAAAAUAUAUUGUGCAGCUCCUGGGACUGUCAUUUUUUCAACAACCAGUGUCUCCUAAGACAUCUGAAGCAUACUAUGAACAAGCUACGUUUUUCACCAUGCACGAUCUAGUGCAUGACUUGGCCAUUUCACUCCUUGGCAAUCAAAUUCUUGACCAGAGCAAACAAAGCAAUACUGGGGGAAGCAGCUGCCAAUAUGCAUUGCUCAGGGAUUGUAGCAGGCCACUGGAGUAUUGCUUGACUUCUCAUGCCAGGCUAGUAGCACUGCGUUUUCUGGAAGGCUGCAGAAGCAAACUAAGCGGUGCUGCAUUUGCACCUGCUAGGUCCCUGCGAGUAUUGGAUUUAAGCGAGUGCUCCAUACAGAGGUUGCCAGAUUCCAUUGGCCAGCUGAAGCAGUUGAGAUAUCUUAAUGCUCCAAAGAUCCAGAAAGAAUUUGUUCCAGAAUGUAUCACAGAGCUCUCGAAUUUGAUUUAUCUCAAUCUUCAAGGAUCUCGUAUUAGCUGCCUGCCAGAGUCAAUUGGAGAACUGGAAAGGUUGAUGCAUCUUGAUUUAUCAUACUGCUCAAACCUAAAAUUACCGAAUUCAUUCAGGAAUCUAGAAAAAUUGGUACAUCUGGAUUUGUCAUAUUGCCGUAGUAUUUCGGGUGUAUUAGAAUCGUUGCAGUGCUUGAGCCGAUUGGAGCAUUUGAACUUAUCCAGUUGUAGAAAAAUUGGAGAUGUGACAAGAGUAAUGAUCGGACUCACAGAACUGCAAUAUUUGAACUUAUCAGAGGUCCCCUGUGUUGGAUUACAACAAGUCCUGGUCAAUCUCACUAAACUCAGGUAUUUAAAUUUAGAAGGUAGCCUGGGCGACGGAUUAGAUGAAGAUGAGAUUGGCAGUCUACUAGAGUGUGUCGGUAGCCUAUCCAAUUUAGAGUACCUUAAUUUAGGUAGGAAUGAUGAUCUGCGUACCAUACCUGAAAGCAUUGGGAAUCUCAGAAAGCUAAAUACACUAGACCUCUUGCAUUGCAAGAAGUUACAGAUGCUGCCAGCUAGCGUAUCUGCAAUUAAUACUCUGAAGUUUCUACAUGUAUAUGGUUGCCGGAAGUUAGAUAAGUCCACUCUGCCCCAGAACAAGAAUAGUACAACAGUCUUGUUACCACAUUUUGUGGUCCAUGCUGGUGAUGGUGAAUCCAGCAGCAAUAUUUCUGAGCUCGAGGAUAAACAUCCAACUUUCUUGGAGAUAAGCAGGCUUGAAAACGCGAAGUCUGCAGAAGAGGCAAAGAGAAUAAAACUGGUGGAAAAGCAGAGUAUUGAAAAGCUAGAACUGGCAUGGACUAGGGAUGCUAUGAGAUUUGCAGACGAUAGAGAAGUUUUAUCAGGACUGGUGCCACCAGACACACUAGGAAGAUUAACACUAGAAGGUUAUAAUAGCAUUAGCUUUCCAUCCUGGCUGAUGAGCAUUGCUACUUAUCUUCCCCGCCUGAGAAAUGUUACCCUGCGGGACUUGCCCAGUUGCAACGUCCUACCACCACUUGGUCAGUUACCAAUCCUCGGGUCGCUGAGCAUCAGAGGAAUGGACAGCAUUAGGAAGAUUGAUGGGGGCUUUUACGGGGGCAGAAGAGCAUUUCCUAAGCUUGUGUACUUUUCCCUAUCCCAUAUGGAAUGCCUGGAAGAGUGGAACGCGACAUACUCCAGUGAUGUGGAUGAUUUGAAUGAGCUCGCGUUCCCAAAACUUAGACUGUUGAGUAUAAAUCGCUGCCCCUUGUUGAGGUUCAAUGCGUGCACGCCUCCAGGUAUUACAGUGAUCAUAGAUAGUAGUGACCAAGCACUAUUGUCGCAAUGGGAGAACAGAGGUCACGUCAGUGCUUCCUCCUCUGCUGCAACCAAACAGCUUUACGUGAAAUGCUGUGAGGUGCCUCUGCAUCAGUGGAACUUGCUGCGCCACCUCCCCUGCCUCACACAUGUAAAUAUUACUGACUGCAGUGGUCUCACAUGGAGCUCAACAGAUUUGCUACAAUGUAUCUCCUCUCUCGAGACUCUGUUUGUGGUAGAUUGCAAAAACAGCACUGUGGCGCUGCCGGAGAGGUUAGGAGAACUCACCUCUCUCAAGCGGCUCGUGUUACGCGAUUGCAAUGGCAUCACGAGUCUACCAGAGAGCAUACAACAACUCACAUGCCUCCAUCGGCUAGAAAUUAAUGGCUGCCCUGGACUAGUUCAGUGGUGCAAAUCAGAGGAGAAUAAGAUGAAGCUCGCUCACAUCGAAGAAAUUACAACGUGCUAUUCGAGGAAGACCAAGAGCAGCAGUUGGAGGAAGAGUCACAGCAGUUUGACGAGGAAGAAGAAAAUGUGGAUGAGGAGAACUUUAGCGACUACGAGGAGUUAGGCAUGCGUUCACCAGUCAAGUGCCUAUAGAAGAAACCGUUGCUGCAGUAUCCAUCUAAGUUAUCAGUGAAAUGAUUAAAGGCCUUCGUGUCUAUCUAUGGGAGUGUAAUAAAGUUAUUUAAUGUUUUAUUUAUGUUUUGAACAUUGUCUUUUGAUGUAUUCACUUAUAACGUCAACAUAUGUGUGAGAACGGAUCCUGACACACAUAUGCUAUGCAUUCGGUUUUGCCUUCAAAAUCAGGUGUGACAAAAAAUGAAAACAUAUAACGAGGGACUGAUUUACAAAUGAAAAACAUACGCUUUCUAGCUCAUAAAGAUUCACUUAUCGGCCAAUUUCAACACCUAGUAAAUGCAAGUUUUAGCAAUUACAAUACAAAAGGAAAUUGCAAAAGCUUUCUUAUCUGCUUAUUUUCUCAAAUACAAAUUUGCUUUUCAGAUAUUAGAUGGUAAGAGGUUACGUGUGAUCAGGCGUCCGUGUGUGACAUGGCAGGAACCAAAACUAAAGAACAAAGGUUCCCCGACAACGACGAUGGAAGAUUUAGAGAACAUGACCAGGGAUGCAGUUGGCAUCGAUACAAACCAUCCAACGCGUCUGCUGUCACUAGAGUAUGGAUUUUCUAAGGCGCAAGAAGAUGACAGCAAUUAUGAACGUGAGGCUUCAAAGCAAUGGAGGUAAAGAAUUUCGUCCUAGCAUUGUAGUGCGGUAGUGCCAUGUAUGCCUGCUCAUUUCUUCUUUUAGUUCUCGGUUCCUUGCAUCUGCUUUCGCAGAAAAGUCCUUAAGCUGUCAAGAGAUUUUGAAUCGUUAAUGACAAAGGAUGAAAAGAGUGGUUCAAGUUAGGCAGGUCUUGCUGCACACCCACUGUACCUGCCAGCGCAGCAAUUUAGACUGGGAAGCUGGAUCGGCUCUACUACUACGGUAGGAACCAGCAGAUCAACCCAGACAGAGGCGACGCAAGCCUGCAGCCGAGCUGAUCCGUCGCAAGGGAGGCACGGCGAGACCAUGCCACGUGUCUAUGCUGGCUGCGCCUCAGAUGCCGCCAGUCGCUGGUCCGUCCACCACUGAUACUGGCGUCUUCGUAUCAUUUGAUGCUACCCACCUCACCAGUCUACAGUGCCCUGCGCUGCCACCCACCACUCCUAGUUCCAUGUACACCUUCACGACCACCGCCCAUUCAUUGCGUCUGCCACCGACGGCCAUGGCAAAGGAUGAGAACAAAGCAGAUUUUGGGAAGUUGUCAAACGGAUCCUUAUGAAGAAUAACACGAAGCAAACUCCUCAUUUAGUUACUAGCAAAUGAGUUUUGUACAAAGUUCAUAUAAAUUUGUAAUCAGCACGCCACAUCAAGAGCAGCAGAGGAAGAUGACGAUGACGAUGACGACAGCAAUGCAGCAUUGCAACGAAAACUGCAAAUUUAAAGUUCAUAUAUAAAUUGGACACCCUGAUAGGCUUUGGACUUUUGAGUCUUGGGUAAAUUCGAUUUGGAUUGAACUUUUUGGAAGCCUGCUUUGGACUGGAUGCAUUUGGGCCUUUACAUAUUUUUGGAUGGCCCCACUUUGCUUUGGAUUUUCAUCUUCGUCCAUUUCUACCCCUAGUUACAGGUUUGAAAAUAUUAUCGGUAAGUUGACCUGGUUCUCACAUUAGCGAUAACAGUCAUGCAAAAUUCUGGUCUACUUUUUGUGAGUCACUGGCAUACUUGUGCAAAUUGCACAACUACUUAGUUUUUUUUUGUUAAUCUGCUUUUGUUCUAUAUAUAUAUCAUCUCAUUAAGAUUUAUCAACGAAUUUGUUUAUCUAUGAGAGCCACACAUGGGCAGCCCACCCAGAUGCUUAUUAUCCGUUUGAUGAACACUAGCGGUAAGGAUUUAUCACUUGAUACUAAUGGCCUGAGCAUGUUAGUUCUAUUUGGAUCUCCUAGGAGUAGAUCGAGUCGGGUAUAUGCAUUAACUUGAAUAAACAGUGAUGGUUUUGCAUCUGAGAGUAAACUGUGUGUGAGAGAGAGACAGACGGAGUAAGAGGGUGAGAGAGAGAGAGACCUUCGGGCUUGGUGGUGAAGGAGGCAGCGGCGUCCAUGGCGCCGGUGGUGAGUUGAGGAGGCGCUGACGAUGUCGACAUAGUUGUAGCAGAGAUGGCGGCGGCGAGGUAGCAGUGGCACCUGGCGUUGAGGACAAUGGCGGCGUAGUGUGCUUCCCGCCGCUUUAGCAUCAUCUCCAAUCAGUGGAGCUAGGGUUGUCGGUAGAGUCGAGUGGGCAGCGGUGAACCUCGUGUCUCCCGCUCCCGGCCCCCCACCUCUUACUUAUGGUGCUGCGUGAUACGAGCCCACCAACCAUAUUUGGUUUGGAUGCGCCCGAUUAGGGCGUGAGUCAAGGCCCGGCCUAGUCGUUGGACUGGCCCAGUGGAGAUCAAUCUAACAUUCUCUCCGUUGAUCUCACCUUUCAUACUUUCUACUUAUAACUUAAACUUUAUCUCUUGGUGUCUAUUUCAUUACAGAUCAGUGCAUAGAGCAUGCCUCAUCAUGACAGUUCGUACCAUCAGAUUAACAACUGCAAUGCACCUUUAUAUUUUGAAACAGACCUUAUUCUGGGCCCUUAAUAUUUAGAAAUCAUAGGCUCUACCAUAGACCCAUGUCGACUAAGUAUUCUCUGAACACAUUGGGUGGUAAGCCUUUGUUAAGUGGAUCCGCAAGCACUUGCUUGGUCCAUAUACACUCAAUACUUUCUUUAUGAUUCUGGAUUUUCUCCUUGAAAAUAUAUCUCUUAAUAUCAAUGUGUUUGACAACACACUUGAUCUGUUGUCAUAGAAGCGAAAUAUUUGAUUCAGGGUAUGACUAUGUUAAGUGCCCGCUCGGCAGCCUCAUAUCAUGUUAAACUAUAGGUAUGCAUCACUGAUGAUGGCACAACUGUCUUUUGUCUGUUUGGAGCUUUUCCACAUUAAAACUCUAACUGCGAAUGUUAACACUUGCUGUGGAUUUCUCUGCACAUCUCGCAGAAGUUCUGUCUUUGUACCCACAACUAUUUGAGAGCACUUAUUCUUUCUAACUGAGCAUGAGGCAUGUAAUACUUUACAAAAUUGCUAGACAUUCUUAACUCCAUUCCAGUAAUCUAUAUUUGGACUGGACUUAUGCCAAAAUAUCCCAGAUACUUGACCAACGUCAGGGUAAAUUCUUACUUGAUGAUGAGGACAUGCCCCAAGAGGCUACUCAAGUUACACAUAAACAUGUUUAUGAUGGACCAAUUACACGAAGCCGUGCAAAAUUACUCCAAAAAGAGGUGAAUUCACUCCUAUCUAAAACUAACAUCAAUAUAUUUGAGGAUGUUAUACUGCCUAAAUGUUCUACUUUGAUUCUACUUAGUCAUGUACAUAAAGAAGAUUGGAACAUCAAGCUACCAGGCAACCAAUUCACGGUAAUCAGUUCGGACCAGUUCGGACCACCAAAAGAAACACCCAUAACUCUUGAUUCCCGAAAGAUCGAUUUAUGAUCGAAUCAUUGAAGACUGCUCAGAAUGUCAAGAGUCUGCCCGAGGAUUUAUCUUGCUCAAAUUCCCAUGCAAGACUGUACCAUUCUACAUUGUUCCAUGGUGCAUUCCACACAUGCCUGGAAACCUUAUCAAGUCUAGUUUCACACACAACAAAUGGCUUAUCGUUUCGACUUCCGAGUAGGGAGAAAUGGUCAUUUUACUGAAGACUGCGCAGAAGCCCAGGAGACGCGCGGGAAUUGAAGAUGAUCUCGUGAAUGCUUCACCUGUUGGCCUUCCAUCUUCCAACGUGGAGACUUCAGUUCAUACCUAUCUAGGAGGGUUGUUCCUAGUAUAAAUAUUCCCUAUGUGUACUCAGAAAACAACCUUUUGAUCAUUUUGAUAAACUGAUAUGGUAUUCCAGCUGAUUUGCUGA